AAGAUUUGAACUAAAACAAUCAAGUUUUCUGGUUAAGCUCUAAUGCUUCUGUUAUCUAUUUUAUAUUCAUCUUCCAAACCUAUCAUCAUAAACUUAUCUUGCAUUUCCAUGGAGCUCACAUCUUAACUCACCUCUCUCUCUCUCUCUGUAAUCAUGUCCUUCCACGAAUCUUCUAGCAGAAAUCUAUCAAAGCAUACCUCAUUCUUUGGCAUUAGAUUAUGGGUUAUUUUAGUUGCUUUCAUUCUACCCUUCACUGUGAUCAUUCUCAUCGUUAUUUUUCUCUGCAUCAUUUAUAUUUGUCGCCAUAAAUCCAAAUCCUUCAAACCCCAUUUCCGUUUACCAAAUCCCAUUUCUUGUAACAACUAUUGGAAUAGUUUCAGUGCAUCGUCCCUGGACAAAAGACUCUUGUCGCUCCGAAUGUCAGAUAUUGAGAUGAACGUUGCCAAGCUAGAUCAUCAUAAUCCGCUGGUAUCACCGCAGUCUAGUGGGAUGAUCACAACUCAAGGGAGUGGUAGUGUUGCUGAUUUGGAGUCAGAUGGUAGGUCCGUCCCUGUUGUUUUGGAUGUGUGGAGAGGAAAUAGGUUUGCUUUAAGGGAUAUUGAUGUGGUGACGAAUGGAUUUGCUGAUCAGAAUGUGAUGGGAAAUGGUGAUUACGGUGUUGUAUAUCGUGGCAUUUUGUUGGAUGGUACAAGAGUGGCUGUAAAGAGACUACUCAUAAAGAGUUACCUAGCUGAGGACUUUGUAGCUGGAGUGGAGGUGAUAGGGCAUGUCAGACACAAGAAUUUAGUCAAAUUGCUUGGCUACUGUAUGGAAGGAGGUGACAGAAUGCUUGUGAAUCAGUAUGUGGAUAAUGGUAAUCUGCAUCAGUGGCUUCAUGGAUGCCCAGUAGAAGUCAGCCCUUUAACAUGGGAAAUACGGAUGAAUAUCAUCCAAGGAGUUGCAAAAGGAUUGGCCUACCUUCAUGAGGACAUCGAACCAAAGAUUGUUCAUCAAAACUUAAAAUCUAGCAACAUAAUGCUUGAUCACCAAUGGAAUCCUAAGAUCUCUGAUUUUGGGAUUGUUAAGCUCUUUGGUCCUGAGGGAAAUGACAAAGCAGGUCGUCUGAUGGGAACAUCUGGUUAUUUAUCUCUAGAAAACGCUUCUAAUGGAGUUUUGGAUGAGAGGACUGAUGUCUAUAGCUUUGGAAUGCUUGUCAUGGAGAUCAUAAGUGGAAGGACUCCUGUAGAUCUGAAUCAACCCAAAGUAUAUUUGAUUGACUGGUUAAAGUCUAUGGUUGCAAAUCAGAAAAUUAUGUAUGUGGCAGAUCCUAAAUUGGCAGAAAAGCCAUCUUCAAAGGAGCUCAAACGCAUAAUUUUACUUGCUCUUCGAUGUGCUGAUCCAAAUAUAAAGCAUAGGCCUACAAUGGGAGAUGUGAUCCACAUGCUAGAGCCGCGUGACUUGCUACUAAAUGAUGAACACCGAAUUAGGAGAGGAUCUUCAUCUCAUCGAAGUUGCUCACAAGAGAGUCGGAUUAUUGCAAAAUCAGGCAAGGGUGACUUUAAUACAUACGAAGGGAAAGCAGCUGUAAUGUCUACCAGAAAAUGAUUUGAAGACAUUCACUGAUAUGAAGCUUCAGUCUACAGUUUCAAGAUUUAUACUUCCUGUUGUUGAACAUUCAAUUUAUAAAAUUGUUGAUCAUAUGUAUUUACUUUUAAAAUAAGAGUUUCAACAAAAAUUUUGCAGCUGUUCUAAUCAUAGUUGAUGAAUGAAACAAAAUAAGCAAAACAACAGCAGAAAAGUGUACAUUUUCUUCUUUCUCUUUAUUGAUUGCCCUUAAGAGGACUAAACGUGGUUGAUAACAACCUUUUAUCAGUAUGAACAGUUUGUAUUGGCUGUUUAUCCUCUGGGAAAGAUCAACGAGUGUCUUUGUUGGGCAAUAAAUCACAAGGCUUAGGAGUCGCAUUGUUGUUUGAAACUCC